UAAACUCACACAACAUCACGACAUUUCAUUUCUCAUCUCCAUUUUCUUCUCUGGUCAAAAAUAAAAAGAAGAUCAGAUUCUGCACUUCGCCUCGUUUUACCUAUCACAAAUGUAUCGUAUUGCGAUAAACGAUUCCAUCGCUAUUAUCUAUCUCCUUGCAGGUUAAAGCAGCUUACCUUGAUUGGAUCAUCAUUCAAUUGGUCCCGUUUGCAGACUCUUAACUUAUCUUACCUCGCAUCGAGUAUCAGCCGGUCGAAGAAACAUUUGGUGUCUCUCGACUGAAAUACACGAUUUCCCACAUCAUGUCUGCACCACUUCCACCUCGUGCGACGGAGCCUACAAGCUCAAAUACUCGUGGCACAAUACCUCAAAGACCGGAACCUACUGCUCUACAACCACCACAAGAUCAUUCCAAUGAUUUCAAUGCGACCUCAACGCCCAAUACCGGGAAAGAGAAGAAUAACUCUAAGAAGAAGAGAAAUAAUCAUCGAGGUGGAAAGAAAAAGAGACCAAGAAGACAAUCUUUCGCCGCAUCAACUGAGGAUGGGAAUGGUAUGGUUGAAACGCCAAUGGCACAACGAAAUGCUCCGCAAAGUGUAACAAGGUCAAGCUUCUAUAGAGGAAGAAACUUGAGUAAUACUAGUAUUGAGAGCGGAGAACUUUUGGAUCACAGAGAUCAUCAAAGUAUGCGACCUCGAAGACCUUCGACAAUGGGUCAAAACGCUUUCGGUCAGAUGUAUGACAGUCCUUCUUUCAGUCGACCUUCGUACAAUAAUCCAUUCAAAUCGUCGGAAACCGUUUCUCGAAGACCUGUCACUAGUAAAUCGAAGAGCAAUUCUGAUGAUGAAGCUCUAAUGGAAGAAACCGACGAGAGGACUCCACUUAUUUCCAGCGCUUCGAAAUCGAAAAGCUCUAAUAAUUUUCUUCAACAAGGAAAACGUAGUCGCCGAAGCUCUAGCAGGUCAUCAAAUCAUAGCAAAAAGAAGACCAUUUUCGAAAAGACGACAUCUGGUUUGGCUAGGCAGAAUGAUGAAUACAAUGUCAACUAUCCACCCUCGGUUCCAGGGUCUCCUGUGCUCGGAGCCACAAAUCCCAAUAUGAGCUUUGGAGAUGUAAUGGUUCGCGAUCAUUCACCAGAGCAAGAUUCUAUUCAGGCAGGAUCUAUGAGAUCUUUUAGGUCUCUCCCAGAAGAUGCAUGUGAGGAUGAUUCAAUUCCAGGCACCCCGCGCAAAGGAUCAUCUUACGGAGAACGAAGACACACUAUCGCAUUACAAGCUGAAGAAGACGUGUGCUUUCCAGUUGAUAUGUCUGAAAUGGCGGAGGAAGAUGCUCCUCAACAAGAAGAUGAAGCAUACAGAUCACGACGCCAUAAAAGGAAAUUUCCAAAUUUAUCUGUCCUCGAUGAUUGGAGCAGAUUUGAAAAAGAAGGCAGGAGUGAAGAGAGACGGGCUAAGAAAAUCACCGAACCUCAAUUGAUUAAUGGACGGCUUCGACCAAUCCACAAAGGUUGGCAUCGAGCGGAGGAUGAUGCACCAUAUCGAUUUACUUAUUUCAACGAAGAAUUUCCAAGCACCAUUCACAGUCAAACAAUUUCAGAACUUGUUCAACCAGGUGGAAGUUUUAGAGAAUUAUUUAUUCCUGAUCGUCCCAUAAUUGAUGAUAGUUCUGAUUCUGAAACCGAGGAUGAGGGUGAUGAUACGGAAAUUCGUCGAGAAAAUGCAUACAUCAAUCAUGCCCUGGGACAUAAUAACGAAGAUUCGAAAUCAGCAACUCGUCAAUCGUCCAUAAUUGAUAUGGCAAAUCAAGAAUCAAAACGUACAGAAUCUCCUCGUGCAGGGCGCCCUUCAGAAUCGCAUUCUAGACAAACCUCCCAUGACGCGUCCCCAAAUAAGUCAUCGCCACCAAAGUCUACUCCACCGCUCGAAGAGAAGCCUAAAAGAUAUGGCGAUCGUCCUACCUGGUGGCUUGAUGUUCUUUCUCCAACGGAUGCGGAGAUGAAGAUCAUUUCCAAGACCUUUGGUAUACAUCCUUUGACAGCUGAGGAUAUCUUAAUGCAGGAAGCUCGAGAAAAGGUUGAAUUGUUUCGACAUUAUUACUUUGUGAAUUAUCGAUCAUUCGAGCAAGAUAUGAAUAACGACAAUUUCUUAGAGCCUCUCAAUAUGUAUGUGGUAGUCUUCCGCGAUGGGGUUAUCAGUUUUCACUUUUCUCAAACACCUCAUCCGGCCAAUGUUCGACGACGAAUUCGACAACUGAAAGACUACUUGAGACUCACAGCUGAUUGGAUAUCAUAUGCUAUCAUUGAUGAUAUUACCGAUGUUUUUGCUCCUUUAAUUCAAACUAUCGAAGAUGAAGUUGAUGAUAUUGAUGAUGCUAUUUUGAAACUUCACUCUCCAGCGGAGAAUGAAAAGUCUACCCGAGAUAACGAAAAGAAAUCUGAAGCAGGAGAUGGUACCUCGGGAGAAAGUGGAGGAGACAUGCUUCGAAGAGUUGGUGAUUGUCGAAAGAAAGUUAUGGGUCUUUACAGACUGCUAGGCAACAAAGCAGAUGUCAUCAAGGGAUUCGCUAAAAGAUGCAACGAGCAAUGGGAAAUUGCUCCACGAAGUGAGAUUGGAUUAUAUCUGGGAGAUAUUCAAGAUCAUAUCGUUACUAUGACUGGAAAUUUAUCCCACUAUGAAAAAAUCCUAGCUCGCUCUCAUGGUAAUUACCUUGCUCAAAUCAACAUCCGUAUGAAUGAACGUCAAGAACAAACCGCGGAUGUUCUUGGUAAACUUACAGUCCUUGGUACCAUUGUUUUACCCAUGAAUAUCAUUACUGGUCUUUGGGGUAUGAACGUAUGGGUACCUGGUCAGGACUAUGAAGGAGAUUUGACAUGGUUUUGGUGCAUCACAGCUGGUUUACUAUUUUUCGGACUAGCUUGCUUCUAUAUCGCGAAGAUCGCUUAUAAGAUUGUUUAAGAAUGGAUCAUGGGGAUUGGGGAAUCUGGGGAGGAUCUCAUUAUACAUAUGGAAUUGUAUGAUAUGGAAGAUACGAGGAAGGGGGAUGUGUAUAUACCAAUUUCAGGAUAUUACUGGGUUUGAGAAUUGUAUGAAUUGCAUGGCUUGGAUGGUAGGUUGGAUAAAGAUAGAUACGGUAUUCAUGUUGCAUUAUUCGGAUAUAUAAGGAGACCGGGCAUUGAUGGCGAGAUAGUGUAAUAGGUUAAUGAGAAGUAAUUUGCAGAUAU